AUGGGUGUGACACCUCCAUCCAAGAUCCAGCUAGCCCUAGCAUUGGCCGUUGUCAAGCAGAAGCCCCCAGACAAAGACAUCAAAGACUAUAUCUUGGACGUUCGAAGUUUCAUAAAAAGCUCGAAAGAUCUGGGCCAUGUUUCGAUAGACAAGUUUUUCGACAGCGUUUCCUUCUGGCAGCAGGCAUACGCACAGUCAGAGGCAGGACAGAGCAAACUUCAAGAUGAAGUACACGAGCUCCAACAGCGUAUUGAAGGUCUCAUUUCCAAAUUGAGAGCCAAAAACACAAAUGACCACGAAUCUUCCCAAUCGAACAAGCGCAAGGCGCCUGGCGCUGGGAAGAGUGCGAGUAUCUCAAACGUGGCCAAAAAGCGCGCAAAGCUGUCGAGCAGUAUUCAAAAGACUAUUCCAUUGAUGGAUGAUGAUGAUUCAGGCGAUGAGGAUGUUUUGUGUCUCAGCAGGCAAUUGUAUACACUUCAGAAGGCGCUCCAAAAAAAGCCAAACACCAAUUCCUCGAUCAAUUCCCUGGCUAUAGCUGCGGUGGUCUUAUGCAAGUCCGCGGAACAGAAGUUGAUUAAGACUGUCCAAGAUGGGAGUAUUUUGAACGAACAGAAAUCUUCCCAAAUUGGAGUCGCGCAGGCAAAUUCACCGAAAAUUGACGUUGUUUUCAAUGGGGUUACAGUCGCUUUUCAUCUCGUUCAGAAAGCGCUGCAAAAGCUGACUGCAACUGAAAAUGGUAAGCAGCACCAAGGCCAGGUCACUUACUACCUAGUAGGCUUGUUUGAAUCAACCAUGAGGGCGCUCACAUCGCAUUGCACUUCCAUUUCCAAGAAAUCCGAUCACAGUAUAAAAAGGAAGAUCCAAAUUACCGACAAUGAGGAAGCGUCUCAGCUCGCAGACCUGCUCUGCACAAUGGCGAUCUCCUUGGAUCUGAGCCGCACCGAGGCCCAGGAGGUAAUGGAAGGGUGUCUUUUCCUUGUCCUAGAUCGGAUGGGAAAAUUGCUAUCUCUCCACGUCUUUCACGACAUCAGAUUGCCAAUGGGUCUUUGUCCAAAAAUGAGAUUCCCCGAAGGACUAGAUGCAAUGACAGACGAAGGUCUCAUGCCAAACGAAGCACAACUUGAGACCAGGCAUCUUACCCAGCUUUUGAGCAGAAUGCUUGAUGUUGAGUCCCGCCAAUCAUCCCUCGAGACAUCGGCUGCUCGUCAAUUCAUUGCGAAUGCCAAAGAUCGGUUGCAAAAGACCCUCCUUCGGGCUGUAUUUGGACCUGAUGAUCACUUGUUCCACGAGGUUUUGCGACGGCCGCAAACCCCACCUCCACUUGAUAGUCCGCCGAUGGAACAGGAGAAGUUUUCGGACUGGUUGACUCAUGAGUUAUGGCGGCUGGUUGGCUGGGAUGUCUUGAGGACUGUGUUUGCUUCAAGGUAA